AUGGCUCCAGACGGAGACACUGCCUCUGCGCCAGCUCCCGGCGACUCUCAGACCCAACCUCGCGGCGGCGAUGGCGCUCGAGGCCGUGGCCGUGGACGCGGCAAGGGGAACCAGAAAGGACGAGGAGGCACCCGCCGUGGACGAGGUGGAAAUAACAGCUCUGCCGAUGUUCCAGCCAACCCAGCUGCCCAGGAUGUCGCUGCCGCCGCCUCACGAGCACACGCUCUCGGAUCCGGGGCCACAGCCAAGGAACCUGCCGACGAGGAUGACGAUGCUGAGGUUUGCUUCAUCUGCGCAAACCCCGUCGCUCACCACUCGAUUGCACCUUGCAACCACACCACCUGCCACAUCUGUGGGCUUCGCAUGAGGGCCCUUUAUAAGACAAAGGACUGUGCUCACUGUCGUACCCCAGCAGACUACGUCAUCUUUACCGAUGACCCCGAGAAGCGUUUCGAGGACUACACGGACAAGGACUUUACCACGUCGGACAGCAACGUCGGAAUCAAAUACACCAACGAAGACAUCGUCGGCGACACGGUCCUCCUCCUACGCUACAACUGCCCCGACCCAUCUUGCGACUUUGCUGGCCUAGGCUGGCCCGAUCUGCACCGCCAUGUCAAGUCUGCCCACCGCAAGCGCAUGUGCGACCUCUGCACCCGCAACAAGAGGGUAUUUACCCACGAACACGAGCUCUUUGCCGACCGCGAGCUGGAGAAGCACAUGCGGCACGGCGAUGACAAGCCCGGCGCUGCCGACCAGACCGGCUUCAAGGGCCACCCGCUAUGUGGCUUCUGUGGUGAGCGCUUCUACGACGACGACAAGCUAUACGAGCACUGCAGGAUGAAGCAUGAAAGGUGCUUCAUCUGUGAUAGGAGAGAUUCUAGGAAGCCUCACUAUUACCUUGAUUACAACGCCCUCGAGGGCCACUUCAAGAAGGACCAUUAUCUGUGUUCCGACCGCGAGUGCCUCGAGAAGAAGUUUGUUGUCUUCGACACCGAACUUGACCUCCAGGCCCACCAACUGAGCGAGCACGGAGGCAAGUCGACGGGACGAGAUGCUCGAGUAGUGGACAUUUCCGGAUUCGACUUUAGGCAAACAUACCAACAGGAGCAGAGGAGAGGAGGUGGCCGUGAUGGAGAGGGUCGCGGCGGCAGAGAAGGACGAGGCAGAGGCCGUGGCCGUGAUCCAAACGCAGAAUCGGUACCAGUGAGCUCAGCUCAACCGCUACGCAGAGAUGAGCUGGCUUUCCAACGCCAAAUGGCCAUCCACUCGGCCCAGUCCGUGUCAAACCGCACCUUUGGCGGCCAACUGUCCGGUGCUCCUACAGCUUCACCACAGGCCCGAAGCGGGACCUCAACGCCGCGAGCAAGUCAAAAUAACCUCAACAAUCCAGUAGAGUCAGCCACCGUCGCCGACACAUCCAACAUUUCUCCCGAAGAGCGGGCCCGCCUGGUUCGCCAUGGCGCCGUUGUCGAACGGGCUUCAAACCUCCUCGGAAACGAUGCCCAUAAGAUGGCCACUUUCCGCUCCCACAUCACCUCAUAUCGACAAGGCGCCUUCACUGGGCCUCAGCUAGUCGAUGCAUUCUUUACCCUCUUCGCCGACACGUCAUCCAAUGCCCUGGGCACCUUGGUCCGCGAGGUUGCCGAGCUCUUUGAUGACAAGAACAAGGCCGAUGCGUUGCGCAAGGCGUGGCAGGACUGGCGCGCAAUCAAUGAGGAUUACCCAAGCUUACCGGGACUCAGCGGCAUGCACGGUGCCACCUCCAGUUCAAGCGGCUGGGCCAGUGCCUCGGCGGCCAGCCCGGCCUUGCCGAAUGCAGCGCCCUCUCAGAAGUAUUCCAACCGUGUGCUCAAGCUCAAGAACAGCACUCGAUUGGGUGGACCUGCUCCGGUCUCUUCGAAGGGGCCGUCUACCUGGAUCGCUACCCCGGCCCUCCAACCUCCGCGAGCGGCCGGCUUCCCAUCUCUCCCGUCCUCCAAACCUUCCAAAUCCUCUGCCGGUCCUUCCUCCUCCGGACCCUCCUCUUCCGGCCCAUCCUGGAACACCGGCUCAGCUGCUCAGGGCAACCAGUCAGCCCCUCUCAACAACCGACCGCGCAACGGCCGCGGCGGUGAGGACGCUUUUCCCGCGCUCCCCGCCGCCCCGAAGCCCCAGACGACCAUCUUCGGCUACGGCAGCGGCCGCCUCGUGCACCGCGACUACGGCCAACGCGAGAGCAACUUCCAAUGGGGAGGUAGCGAAUCUUCAACGCCCGCCGCCGAGGAGCCCACUCAGGAGACCGAGGAGGGUGCACCCAAGAAGAAGGGUGGCAAGGGAAAGAAGAAGCAGGUUUUGGUGCAAUGGGGAUAA